GCUUUUUGUUGCCUGUGCGACAUGUUCUAUCAUCAGACGCUUAUCUCACUGGGACAAGCUGUUCAUAUGUUCCAGAAAAGAAGGCCAGUGCUACUGAAUGGAACUGCGAGCCAUCAACAUUAAGCAGUGCUUUAAUAGUAUUCAGACCUUCAUUGAUCAACAUCCGCUACCUUGUAGAUCGAAAUUUAGGCCCAGGAAAUCUCGGCCACGCCGCCACGCACCUGUUACUUCAUUUUACUUAUUGGAUUAUGACCGGAGGAUUGCUGAGAUGGGUUUGGAACAUGAUCCUCCUGCUUUCCAAAUCAUUGGGCAGAAAUUGACAUUUAAGAGAGGAAGAUGGACAGCUCAGUCCUGUAAUGGUCUCUUUACCUCCAGCCAACCUGACCUGCUGAGGAACGUCAGGGAAAAGAACCGAAUGCUCCAAGGCCAGAACAACAUCCUUCAGCUGAAGUUGGAAUUGGUAAUGGACAUGUUGACUGAAACUACCGCUAGCCUUCUACUUAUCGAAGAGGAGGAUGAAGAAAUGGAGGAAAAGGAAAAAGAGGAGAAGAAGGAGGAGGAAGAGGAGGUGGAGUUGGAAGAAGAGUUUGAGGAAGUGGAGAAGAAAACGUGUCCAAAGAAACUUCCAAAACCAAUGAGUGCUUAUGAGUUGGAGUCAAGUGACUAUGAAUAUGGUGAAGAGCUGCUGACACCUCAAUGGAGGAACAAAUACUCCUUGCCUGCUCUUUCAUUUGAUGAUGAAAGCGAAUAUUCAGAGGAAGCGAUUUACACCAGGAGGCCUCAAGACAAACCCAAGGUAUGCCCGAUGAAGCGUGCAGCUCGAGCAAAAGAGAGAGGACGUGCAAGCAUGCACCAGAAUUUAGGAACCAGGAGCUUGUUAGGACCCAAAACCAGGUCCUCUUCGAAGGUUUGCAAACUGGAGCUGGAACUGGAACCAGAACCCAAGAUUUAUCCGAGACGCAAACCUAAACCUAAAGCCAAAUCCAUGAAGCAAACAGAUGGAGUUUGCCCCAUGAAGAAAGGGUCAAAAAUCUGAGCAUCUCUCCCUUUCGCAAUGAAUGAUCAG